AUGUCUGACGAGUCAUACAGGCCCGCUCUUCAGUCGUAUACAGCUCCUCAAGAGAUCCUUGACGAGCACGCAGAGCUUGCCGACCAAGAUGACACACCGGACGUCUUCGAGGACAACGCAAGGUCAAAGCAAGUCGCCGCUCGACAAAGCGAUUAUCAUCUUCGACGAUUCAACAGGGCUGAUGGACAGGGAGAGGGUGAAGACGAGAGCUAUGAGGAUAGGAUGAGGAGGAUAAAUUUGCAGAGGGAAGAGGAAAGGGUCAGACGUCAUAAGGAGCAAUUGGAGAAGGAUAAGAACGAAGAUGAGAAGAUGGUUUUAGAUGACAAAACACCACCUAGAGCCUUGGCUGGAGAUGAGACGCCUCCCAGAGCAAUUGCUGGAGGUGAUACACCUCCAAGGGAUACCACACCACCAAAGAAGAGAAGAAGAUGGGAUGUGGAAGAGGUCAAGGAGGAACCUGGAGCGGAACCAGCAGCAGCACCGAAACGUAAAUCUCGAUGGGAUCAAACACCUUCGGAAGCUGUACCAGAGGUCAAGAAAUCUAGAUGGGAUCAAACACCCGCAGCAUCUGCUACCACCUCCGCUAUCACAUCCACUCCCUCUGUCGGCGGUAUGAUGAUGGUGGAAGAUAAGCGAUAUAGACGUAUGACGGACGAAGAGUUAGAUGGGUUACUUCCAGGUGGAGAAGAAGGUUAUGAGAUUGUACCGGUACCAGAUGAUUAUCGACCUGCUCCAUCGGUCAGAAAGAUGGUUCCAGCCACAGCGGAACAUGGAUUCAUGAUGCAAGAUGAUUCCGAUGCUGCCAGAGCUCGUUCUGCAGCUGGUGGUAUGCAAGGUUCGCAAGAACAAACGGAGAUUGAAGGUAUCGGAACCUUGCAAUUCUUGAAACCGGAAGAUACUCAAUACUUUGCAAAGGUAUUGGGAGAAGGCGGUGGUGAAGAUGAUGAUAACUCUUAUACACUGGAAGAAUUGAAGGAGAGGAAGAUCAUGCGAUUACUCCUCAAAAUCAAGAAUGGUACACCACCUGUUAGAAAGACAGCUCUUCGUCAGAUAACCGAUAGAGCAAGAGAAUUCGGUGCUGGUCCAUUGUUCGACAAGAUUCUUCCAUUGCUCAUGGAACGUACACUCGAAGAUCAGGAACGACAUCUCUUGGUCAAGGUCAUUGAUCGAGUACUGUACAAGCUAGAUGAUUUGGUCCGACCCUAUGUUCACAAGAUUCUGGUCGUUAUUGAACCUCUACUUAUCGAUGAAGACUAUUAUGCGCGAGUGGAAGGUCGAGAAAUCAUUUCGAACCUUGCCAAAGCUGCCGGUCUCGCUCACAUGAUCUCCACAAUGCGACCUGAUAUCGAUCAUGUCGACGAGUACGUACGAAACACUACUGCUCGAGCUUUCUCCGUCGUUGCUUCCGCUCUCGGUAUUCCCGCUCUUCUUCCUUUCCUUCGAGCUGUCUGUCGAUCCAAAAAGUCUUGGCAAGCUAGACAUACCGGUAUUCGAAUUAUUCAGCAAAUCGCCAUCAUGAUGGGUUGUGCUGUAUUACCUCAUCUUCGAAAUCUUGUCGAUACCGUUGCCGAUGGUCUUCAAGAUGAACAACAAAAGGUCAGAACGAUGACCGCUCUGUCCCUUGCCGCUCUUGCCGAAUCAGCUGCUCCAUACGGUAUCGAAUCUUUCGACAACGUGCUCAAACCUUUAUGGUUGGGUAUCCGACAACAUCGAGGAAAGACUUUGGCGGCGUUCCUCAAAGCUAUCGGUUAUAUCAUUCCCUUGAUGGAUCCCGAGUAUGCUGGAUACUAUGUUAGAGAAUGUAUGCCGAUCUUGAUCCGAGAAUUCCAAACAUCCGACGAAGAGAUGAGACGUAUCGUAUUGCAAGUUAUCAAGCAGUGUGCUUCUACCGAAGGUGUCACUCCAACUUACAUCAAGGAAGAGGUAUUACCGGAGUUCUUCAAGGCUUUCUGGGUCAGACGUAUGGCUCUUGAUAAACGAAACUACAAGCAACUGGUCGAAACUACCGUAGAGCUCGCGCAGAAGGCUGGUGUUUCAGAGAUCGUCGGUAGGAUAUGUAAUGACUUGAAAGACGAGUCCGAGCCAUAUCGAAAAAUGGUCAUGGAGACCAUUACGAAGGUUAUUGCUAGUAUCGGUGCAGCGGAUGUAGAUGAACGACUAGAAGUACUUCUCAUCGACGGUAUCAUUUUCGCUUUCCAGGAACAAACACUGGAAGAUACCAUCAUGUUGGAUGGUUUCGCUAUUGUCGUCAACGCACUUGGUGAUCGAGUCAAGCCAUACUUACCUCAAAUUGUAUCCAUGAUCCUCUGGCGAUUGACCAACAAGUCGGCGAAAGUUCGUAUGCUUGCUGCCGAUCUGACUUCUCGACUUGCACCCAUUAUCAAGAGUUCAGGCGAAGAUGGUUUGUUGAGUAAAUUAGGUGUAGUGAUAUUCGAACAGUUGGGUGAAGAAUAUCCGGAUGCUCUAGGAAGUCUUAUCGCUGCCGAGGGAGCUAUCGCAAACGUUGUCGGUAUGACCCAAAUGAACCCACCGGUCAAGGAUUUACGUGAGUGA